AUGCAUCUUAACACCCUCACGACUCUCAUGCUCUUUGGCGCAGGCGCCUCCGCAGCCCCAUUCGACAAACGUACACCACAAGCAGAAGUUCCCCGUUUCGGGCCUCCCGCAGAGGAUCUGUUCACAACUCGCCCCUUCUUCAAUAACAUGCCAUUCAUAACCUAUGACAAGCGCGAUGCCUUGCUUCCUUUCCCUCAAUUCCAAGGCGAUCCAUUCACGAUCGAAGAGAAGAAGCGGACAAUUCCCCAUGAGGAGGCGAGAAACGUCCAGUUCGGACCUUACGGCCCAGAGUCAAUCAACUACGUCCCUGGAGGCUAUCCUCUCCCCAAAACCAUGCCUCGGGCGAACCGCGCAGGCCGGUCUGGAAUCCGUCCCCUGCCGGUUACUAUCCCAGAGAAACGUCAAGUUGGUCCUCUUCCUGGACGUUUCAUACCACCGGGUAGCAGUCGUGAUGAGCCUCUUCGCAUUACGGGCUUUGGCUCCAUCCAUAAUCUCCUACGGCCCGCUGGCCAGGAGAAGCGCGAUGAGGCUAUGGAAAAGGCUAUAGCUGAUGAAGCUAGGAUUGCAGAGACUUUCCCGGGCUAUCGACCACGAGUACCACCUCCGAAGAAUGGUAUUGAGUUGGCUGUUUGUGGCUUGUAUAUUGGGCGUUGCUGA